AUGAUAUUAACUGUGUUUCUUUAUAGAAACUUGCAAGGAAAUGCUAUUUCUUACAUUGGAAAAUGUACAUGGAAGUCAUACCCUUUGGUUGAGAAAAUAAAUCUCAGUGCAAAUAAUUUGAGAGAAUUACGUAAAGAUUCAUUUGAAGGCCUGCUUUCCCUCCGGUAUUUGGACUUGUCCUGCAAUGAAAUAGAAUUUAUUGAAAAGAAUGCAUUUGAAUCAUUACCUCUUUUACAAUAUAUAAAUCUUGGUUGCAAUUUAAUUACAAAAGUGAACUUUGGAACAUUUCAGACCGGGCAUGGAAUGCAGCUGUUACACAAGUUAAUUCUCCAUCAUAAUCCUCUGAUGACUGUUCAAGAUCCAUAUCUUUUUAAUUUGCCAGCAUUGAAAUAUUUGUAA